ACGACACAUUUCAAACAGUGCCAAACAUUGGGUCGCCCCAAGCAUAUGGGCUAUGGCCCAUCACGAGAGACAUGCGUGGGGUGAUCGAUGAUCAUUCAACCAGGGCUCACGAAAUGUCCGUGUGCUGGUGUUUAGAGAAUCACUACCCUUUUACCACAGAAAAUGGAGGAGUUUUUAUUAUUAUUGUAACACUACUGAUUCUUGCGGUUCCUUCUGACCUCACUCUCUCUCCCCCUCUCUCCGCUCCGUCUCUAUCUCCUUCGCUCCCCGACCGCCGACUUCCUAACGGUUCGCCGCCGUCUUUCCUCGCAGCACUUCCGAUCAGAACGUACGCCUGAGUUCCUUUUCCCUCUUGCUUUGGUAGUUUCUGUGAUCUGCGUCCGCCGUUUCAAUCCGGCGGUUUCUCCCCCCAUUUUCUUGCUUCCGGUGUAGUUCAUUCGCUCUAUUUUGAACUCGGCAGCAGCUUCGAGGUCGAGACGCCGUUGGGAAGGUAAUCUCUCUCUCUCUCUCUCUCUCUCUCUCUCGUAUCUACGUCUUUCGGAUUCGUGACGGUAGCCUUCGAUUUUGCUGCAACAUCCGGUUACAUUUUCCUCUUCAACCGACGAUUCAUGGCGAUGUUUUGGUCUUCUAGUGUUGUACUUGCUCUCUUCCUUGGGGAAAUUUCAUAGUAAUGUGAGAAACUUCGAUUUUCAAGUUGAUCGUUCCGUUCUCUGCUUGCUCAGUGUUUGUUUAGUAAUUUUACAUCGCUGACUUGUUGCCCUAAACUUUGGACCUGUGAAGAACAUUGAAGCUUCUUACAGAACGGAGAUGGUGUUCAUUUCGGGAGUCACAAGGCUGAAAACACAGUCAUCUUCUUUCUUGUUCCCUUUGCUUUUCUGAAGAGCAAAGGGAUUCCUAGCUUGAGAUUUACUGUUGAACUUUACUACCAUGAAUCCAAGCUCUGUUUGAUGAUGCAAACAUGGAGUUAAAAAGUAGAAUUGGUUAUAUCAAAUCAGCUGUGAUGCUUGUAAUUGUUUCGGAUAUCAGUUUUCCCAGGUUUAGUUGACAAGUCUGUGGAUAAUUAACCUAAUUAUGUGAUUCUGUGAUGAUUUAUUUAACUGUUAGAGUUGACCACGAAGCUCAAUAUCAGUUUAGAAUGACAUUUGGCUGUCUCAUCAUUGCACUUUGAUUAUUAAUGCCUCACUCCUUUGUUCUUUGCUACUAGGUAUACAAGAUGCUAGGGUCAUUUCUUACUAGAGGACUUGUGUUGGCUUUUGGCUACGCUUACCCAGCUUAUGAGUGCUAUAAAACCGUCGAAUUGAAUAAGCCGGAGAUUGAGCAGCUUCGCUUCUGGUGCCAAUAUUGGAUUCUGGUUGCUGUGCUGACUGUUUGCGAGAGAAUUGGAGAUGCUUUUAUUUCAUGGGUUCCAAUGUACAGCGAGGCUAAGUUGGCAUUUUUUAUAUACUUGUGGUACCCCAAGACCAAGGGAACUACAUAUGUCUAUGACUCUUUCUUCAGACCUUAUGUUGCUAAACACGAGAAUGAAAUCGACCGCAACUUGCUGGAGCUGAGGACAAGGGCUGGAGACAUGGCGAUAUUGUACUGGCAAAGAGCGGCGAGCUAUGGUCAGACAAGAGUCUUUGACAUUUUGCAGUAUGUUGCUGCACAAUCAACCCCAAGACCUCGCCCUGUUCAGCAGCAACAGCAAGGUCCCAGGGGUCGAUCAACAUCCAAUCCACCAACCCGCCGUCAACCAGCAGGGUCAAAACCAGAACCAGAGGAGCCUCCAUCUCCCACUUCCAGCACAUCAUCGAGUCAGCACCAAACUGAACUAGCAGCAGCAGAAGAGGCGGUGAGUUCUAAAUCCCCUCAAGCCACCAUCGCCCCAUCGGGAGCACCAAAUCCACCGAGAGCCCCAAAUCCACCGAAAGCUCCCAACACACCCACGAGAUCACUGUCCGCUCCAUCUGAACCACCGACAAACCCGUCUGCCCCGGAAGCAAUGCAGAUCGAGUCCGCAGCAGCACCUUCGUCGAGUGCUCCUGCUGCCCCAAAUGAGACGGUCAUCGAAGAAGCCCUCCGUGUCACUCGUGGAAGGUUAAGGAAAACCAGAUCAGGAACCAGGUGAAGAAAGGGGACGGGGAAAAAAACAGUUUGUUCUUCAGCAGGUGUAAAUUUGCUAAGUCUAUCUUUAGUUUCUUCAUUCCAUUUGUUGCUUUAUUUGAUCGAACACUUCGAAAUGCCCCAAAAAAAAGGAGGAAGAAUACUUUGGAGGAAGGAACGUAUAAUGAGGAUGCGAAUUUCACUCUGUUAUCUACAGAUGCCGUUAGUGGAAGAUGUGCAAAGAUGCAGUUCAUAAUGCGGUCAGGAACUGUUCACUUAGAAUGUGUAUAAAAAAUAAUAAUAGUAAGCAUUUGGUAAGAGAGUAGGUAUGGAGAAGAUUAGCAUGGUUCCAACCGCAAGGGUAUUAGUCGUAAAUCGAGAGUGGAUAGGCUUAAACGCCAGAGUUUUUAUUAAGUAGAUAAGCUAGCUUAUUGGAACUGCCAACUGCCAUUAUAUAAAGAUUAAAGACUAAA